CGCUGCUUAUUAUAGCCACACUCAGUUGAUCACAAAUGCUUGAGCGCGCCGCUAAUAGAUACGUGCACGGAGAAACGCCACUUGCUUGUGAACUUGCUAUGUGCGUAGAGUUUUUGUGUAGAGUUUUUGAAAAUACACAUAUACGUUUAAAAAUAAUAAGCUUCGACUUGCGACUCGUCAUUUAAGACUAAAUUGUCUAGUAGGUUCCUAAAAACCUGUUGUGCGUAUCCAUGUGGAAUGAGUAGUGAAUAAAAGUAAUAUAAUUUACAUAUGUAUGUAUAUGUACAUAUGUAUGUACAACAAAGAAUUUUAAGUAAUUUCUAUGCAAAUGUACUAUGUGUAAUUAAUCGGGUGCAUAGAUAUUUAUUAGUGAAACGGUAAAUGGAAAUUUUACAACGAGCUUUUAGUGAUAUUUAAUGAGUGUAAAACAGAGCUUUAAAUGAGCAGCGGUUCAACUCAGUCACGAAAAGUGGAAAAUGGUGUAUAUUCAAGUACUAGUUGUACAUGUAUAUAUGUAUAAAUAUAAAUAAAACCAUUAAAAAUAAUUUAAAAGGGUAUAAAAAAAACCCUACAUACAUAUGCAUAUGUAUAUAUGUAUGUGUGCUUGUUGAUAUAAUUUAGUAUGUCUACUAUACUAACUGAUGUGAUUGAGUGAAGUUGAGAAAAUAAGCGGAAGAUGAGUUUUGCUAUGGAAUGCUGUUGUGCUACGUAGAAUAAAACCAGUUACAUUGGAAUAGCUCGAAAUACUUUCAACUAUAAAAAUAGAGUUGGAAAACGAAUAAUAAAUACCAGAGAAUAAGUAAUACAAAAAGCCAGCAAGUUAAAACACAAUUGAAAAAUGUCGGCAUUUAAAAAAUAUGUGGUUCACAUGCAAUACUUCAGAAUCGUUUAGAAUAAGUACUUUGUGAUAUUAAAAAAAUAUAGAAAGUUGUUGCCUGAGUAUCUCAACAAUAUAAAAUCAAGUACUGCAUACUGACUGACUCACACCAAAAAAUGCAUUUUACGAAUAAUAAUGAAAUGAACUCAAAUACGAUUGCAAGUGCAGAAUGGAAAGCAAAACCGAUAGCCGCACAUCCAACUGUUCUUAAUGCCACAUCAGCAAGGGACUCAGAAACAAUAAAAUUGUCAACAUCGUCAGCUGACAGUUGCGCCUCAUCAACCGACUCUGGUGUAAUUAUCACCGACAACAAAAGAACAUGCAGCAACGACAGCAACAACUACAAAAACAUACAAGGCAAUGUAAGCUUCAACACCAACACCAACGGUGUAGACAUCAAUGGCACAAGUGGCAAUACAGCGAAAGAUAACAGCAACAAUAUCGACAACAGCGUCGAUGAUAAGCGAAGACGCAGCAGCGCAGAAACUCCGAAAUCAAACAACAAUAUUACAAUAAACAAAAAAAUUGAUAACAAUUGCAUAAACAUUGAAAAUAUCAUAAAUGUGCGACGCCAACGAAACUCGUCAAGCGGUAGCAGUAGAAAAUCUUCGAAGAAUUGCUCCCCAGCAGUGUCGAUACGUAGCAAUACAAUAUCGAUUAUUUCGAUCGAUGAAAAUGCCAUUGACUCGAGUGUCGUCGACUCAGAUUCGGACUUUGAGGGUCAAAAUAGUAGCUAUGUUGUCAAGAAGCUGGGCCAACAAACGACCUACGAGCCAAAUCAUCCCAAUUUGCCGCAUAUAAAUAAGGGUAUGCAAGUGCUAAGUCAGACAAUAAGCCCAGGUGCAAUACCCCCCACGUCUGGUCCGCUAUCUGAGACGAUACUCAAUGGUGGUGCACUCUCACCACCGAUGCUGGGGCCACCUAUGGCGCCCAAUUCGGCCCAAAUUGGUAGCAUAGCACUCUCAAAUUCUACAGAUGUUACCUUUGGCGACAAGCAUUUCUACGAAGGACCCGUGACGAUACAACAGUUUCUAAUUGAUAGUCGUGAUAAAUGGAAAAAUGGCGAAGAGGGUGGAAGUGAUAAUCCAAACUUCACUGCUGAUGACAAAGUGUCCGAUCCUGAAAAUGCUACAAAAUCUACACAACCCGACGCACCAUAUAAAUUCAUAUUCAGUCGGCGUGCAGUCAUCAUCACUGGCUCAAUUAUUCUACUAACUAUAUUGAUCGGAAUAGUCAUAGCUACUGUGAAUAGUCUCACAAAACAGACGAUACGAAAAAUACCGUCGGAGAAUAGCGACUACGUAUUUAAUGGCACACUGCUCAUAGUCACCAAGGACGAGUGGUUCGCUGAGCCUGUAAAAGAUGAUAUUGAAAAAUUGAAAUUACCAGUGCCACGUGUCAUCAUUGCGCAUACUGCUUCAACAACUUGUGAAAAUAAACUUCAGUGUGAUGCGCGAGUGCAAAGUGUACAAGCAUUUCAUAUGCACUCAAAUGGCUGGAGUGAUGUGGGUUAUAAUUUCCUAGUCGGUGGCAAUGGUUUAGUAUACGAAGGACGUGGCUGGUAUGAGUUAGGCGCACACACUAAAGGCUAUAACAGACAAAGCAUUGGCAUAGCAUUUAUUGGUACUUUCAACGAAGAAGUCCCCACAGACAAUGACCUAAAAGCAGCUAAAUUACUUAUCGAGGAAGGUGUGAGGUUGGGCGCAAUUGCACAAGAUUAUCGACUCUAUGGAGCGCGACAGCUGGGCGGCACCGAAAGUCCGGGCAAAGCACUCUAUAGUAUAAUUACACAAUGGUCACAUUGGAGUAAUCGCAUAUGAAUUAAAAAAAUAAAAAUAAACAUCUUUGGAAAACCUAGAAUUUAUGUUCAUAUGCAUAUAAGUAAAUAGAUGGCUAAGUACGUUAGAAUGACCGAAACUGAAUAUUAAAUAAUUUUAAAUUA